GAUUUUAGCAGACAGAUAGAGGUCCCGUUGGCGCUUGGUCUCUCACGUUUCCUUUUGUCUUGGCUCUGGUUCGAGUUUACUUUCGACGUGAGUUUUAGUCUGCAGGAAUGGAUUGGAUCUUGUACGACGCGCCGAGUGUUUGCUUUGUCUACUAGACUUGCUUACGUUUCUACGGUCUGCUGAAGACGUUGUUUUCGAGCAUGGAACUCGGCGGUGUGUCUGUCGGAUUGCUCCUAGCUUUGGCAGGUGGCCUGUGCGCUGUGGCUCAGGAUUGUCAACAAAACGAAAACAUCCUCGCGGCUGGACGCUGGUACCUCUACGACUACAGCAUUGUGGCCGAGGCAUCAGCGGUCGGAAGCACCGACGACACCGGGGACAUGAAGUUGGCGUGCCGCGUCAAAGUGUCGCACAUUGGGACGUGCAAGUACCUGUUCGAAGUGCAGAGAUGCGUGUUUUCGUCUGGAGGAGGCCCGCCGCGAGAUAAGCGGUUCUGGAUCCAAGACGAAGACCUCUUGGAGUUGACCAGGGACCCGGUCGUCGUGACGCUCUCAGACGGCAUGAUUACCAAUCUCGAGGUGUCAUCUGCCGAGCCCGAACAUCUGCUCAACAUCAAGCGGGCGCUUGUGUCGGCAUUUGUACUGAAGAGAUCUCACCUCUUGCAAGGCGCCGACACCCAGCGUACCGACAUCCAUGGCACGUGUCCCUGGAAGAUGGUUCCUGGAUCGGAAGCUGGGACGGCACACAGUUCGAAGGACAUGCUUUACUGCUCUUAUCCUGAGAGGGCGGAUUGGCAUCUCAGCCCUUGGGCAGUCAUGUGGAAUCUGCAUUGGAUUCAAUACCUGAUAAAUUCGACAGUAGACUGUGACUACGCUGCAUCUGAGGGUAUGACUCACCUGAAGUCCCUUCGCUGUCACGAGCGUCAUGCCAUCAAGUUGGAAUCGACGCACGACACUACCACGGCUGUGCAGACCAACAUUGUGUACACGCUCACGCUAGACAGCGAAGGAGCGCUCGAACAGUCAUUGGACGACUUCAGCAGUCUCCUCGAGUUGGUCCCAGCUGGGAUUGAGUACAAGCACCUUGCCACGCCUGACCCUUCUCUGUCGACUCUUGACGGCGUCCAGCUGGAGCGUCUCAACAAGGCGACCUUCUCCAAACUCGAAGAGCUUGUGCAGACGGCAGAGACGGAGGUGCAGCUCUUCACCAUUCCCCUCUUUCACGAGUUCGUCGAGCUCCUCAGGUCCCACCGCGACCUCGUGCCUUUCGUCGAGCUCGUUGCAAACUGCGAUCGAGCGGGUGGCGACAGCGCGGAGGAAAGGUGCACCCAAGAGUGGAAGUCCUUGGCCAUGUCCUUUCUCCAGGACGCGCUGAUACAGAGCAACAACUUCCCGACGUUGCGAGCGUUUCGGCACCUCGUAACUCACGGUCACGUGAGCGACGCCUACCUGCCCCUGGCCUUUCACUCCUGGAGUUUUCUACGCAUCAACGACCCUCGUUACAUGGAUGAAGUCUUUGAAAUCUGCAAAUCCACAGACAAGACAAUGUGCUGGCUGCUUUUGGGACGCAUGAUGAAGAAGCACAAGGAGAACUAUGUCAUUGGAAGUGCCGUACCACUCGUAUUUGGAAAGGUGCUUAAACAUGUCACAAGUUACAUCGGUGAGAGAUGUCACAUGUCCAGCAUGGCACUGCCGUCGACAUCAACCGUGGCUUCAAGAGUUCACCACCUUGUCAUGAUGCUCAAGACCAUCGGAAAUGCGGGAAUGGCAGCGCAGUCCGUGUACCCCAAUAUCACGGGACAGCUUCUGAACUGCGCCCAGAACCACGAGAACCCUGGCCCUGUCGCCGUGUUUGCCAUUGAGGCUCUUCGCGAGUUUCACCUGAACUACGACACUUUGUCGGCACUCAAAACAAUCUUGAGUGACCCGAAAAAGCCGCUGGAGCUCCGUGUAGCCGUCUACAAGCUGCUCACGAGAGAGCCGGAUCGAUGGAAGUUCGGAAAGAUGAUCCAAAACUCCUUGGAAGGGGAAGAGGUGACUUCCAACCUGAUGGACUACAUCGUGUCGGACUUUCUGGACUGGAUGCCGACCGAAGCAAGAGCGUCACUCCUCAUGCUUGCCAACGGGACGACUGAACGGCGUUUCCAAGAUGUAAUCCCCGGUGAAAAAUUCUACAAGGCCCUUCGGCACACUGUUCUGAGCAACAGGAAACACCGAAGGUCCAAUCGUUGCACAUUCGAGAGACGUGUCGAGCUCCCGUUCUUGCCGUCGGAGUUGAAGGACUUUGCCGUGAAAGCGGUGUCGGACCAGGUAUACGGAGGAUGGAAGAACCUCAUCUCGGACCUCUCCAGCAACAUUAGUUUGCAACUGUUUGGCAACGAGUUUCGGUUUGCGGACGUCUCGGUUUUUUUCAAAGAGCUGGACCACGUCAUAAUGAACUUUGGCAAGCUGGAGGGAGGACAGUGGAAGGUUGACUGGGACGCCAUAGAAGAAAUUGUGAGCCUCCAGCUGGGGGCUGGCUCAAUGCCUCGAGGUCCGCUCGCACGCUUUCCCAAGCUGCGCGCCGGCCUCAAGAAGAUCCUGGAGGUCCUACCGCCCAUCGCCAAUCUUCCUCUAGCUCCCGUGGCCAGUCUCAACAUGUUUGGCUCUGAUCUGUUGUUCGCCAGCUACGGUGAGAUCCUGGCAGGGCUCAUGAGCUCGCUGGUGCCGCAGGCACCCCUACCGCAGCUCCUGAAGAAAGGAGUGCGGUUCGACCUGACGCGCACCAUCAGAAUCAUCGAGGGCCACCACCAGGUGCCAACGCUGAUCGGGCUACCUCUCAACUGGACCACCAGUGCCACGCUGGUGACUUCGGUGAGGAGUGGUGCAAAGCUCGCCGAAGAUGGUGCCUACAAGGCUCACAUUCAUCCUAGCGGUGCUUUGACCUUCCUGAACCGGAUGUUGCUGGACUUCCCCACCAAGACGCGCGUCGGAGUCCAGGCCAACAGCUCGGCCUACACCACGACACAGCUGCGGGGAGGGCUCGCACUCCGAAACGGGAAGAUGAAAGUCGAACUCGAAAUCCCGAGGAAGGAACAGAAGUUACUGCAGCUUGUACGCACCAACCAGCUGAUCAAGCACGACCGCCUCCAAGAAAUGGAGGACUGGGACGUGGAUCACGUCAAUGUCGACUGGUGCACCGGCGGCCAUCUUGGCCAGGUGACGGGGCUCCAGCUGUGCCACGACCGCUCUUACGCCAACGUGACGCAUCUCAUGAAGCCCUGGUUUCCAAUGGCUGCCCACGCCAACUGGCAGCUCGUGCUCAAGCCUUACGGCAAUGACAUAACAAGUUACGUGCUCGAUAUCACCUCACCGUCGCAGCAGGACAUACUUAAAAUUGAACUUCAGGCUAAAGGUGCAACAACCAGCAAUGGGCUCACACUUCGCGUUGUGAGCGGCAAGGAGCUGGAGCUGUUUGUCACCAAGUCACCUUUUUUGAGGGCAGCAAUUAAAAGAGUAACAGUCACGCACGACGACAAAAGCGUCUCUGCUAUCAACGAAGCUGUGCUUGGAUUUGCUCCAGAACAGCAGAUGCUUCUAACAUAUGAGGUCAGGUCAAAGCAAGAAAAAAGAGCCAAGUCAACAAAGGAUUCAAAUGAGGCUCCCAAGGGUCAGACGAUCGCCGUCGCAGUCCACGAGAGGGCGCUGAAACUCGCAACUCCGUUCAACUCCUACGGAGUCCAGUGGAUCGUCAACACCCUCUCCACCGGAACCAAGGCAGACUUCAAAGCAACAUUCGAGAGGGGCCCCCAAGGCAGCAACGAGUUUCUGCGGGAAAUGGUGGCAGACGAGUUCUUUACGGAGGGCGGUUCGGCGUGGGUUCACGUUCAGCUGCAUCAAAAGAAUGCGGUUCCGGUGGGCAAGUACAAGGUGUCACACACCACCCUGGGUCACGUGACCACUCCCAAGACGGAGGUCGAUCUCGUUGUGCACUCGCUCAGCUCCAAGUUGAGGCAGCUCACCCAGGUCAACCUGACCAAAGUUGAGAAGUCGACGCAGCGUCUUCUGGCAUUUGCCAACUUCAGCCGAGAACACUGGAUGCACGUCAAGGGAGACGUGACCAAGCGCAGCGCCCUCUACAACCUGACGGUGUCGCACCACUCUUUGGCGCUGCGGUUCGACGAGGAAUCUCGGAAGCGUACCGGGGAAGUCGCCAGGCACCUGUCUCUCCUCUCGGAGAAGAUGGAGAAGAAGCAGUCGGACUGGGGCUUCUUUAGCACUUGGUGGCAUCCGAGCACAAGUCACCUGUUUGAGCAAAAGCUCAGAAGAACAGAGCUCUCCUGGUCAACCAAGCCGGUCGGCACUUCCAAGGAUCUGACUGGAACCGUGAGCAUAGCGGCCAAACUGUCACACAGUGCCUACGACAGUACAGAACCUCAAGAAUUCCUCCUGUAUGGAAACAUCACACUUCCACCCAACAACAUCGAAGUUGACUUUCUGUUGGAAGACCCGAAGCGCGCUGUCAAAUGGGAAAGCCACACCAGUGCAGCGGACGUUCACAGACAGAUGCCCACUGAGGUCACCCACAGGUCAACCCUGAAGAGACGGGACGCGUUUGACGCCACCUACCAACUCCAGUUUCGAUCAAGGGACGAGCCAUGUCCCACCCUGGACUUUAGACACAACGUCACCAUGGACGCCUGGAAAUUCUCCUCCAACAUCUCAACUUCCUGCAACCCGCCAACACACGAGACGGUAGACUCUUCUAAACUCAACAUGCUGAUUACUAUCGCUUCGGUGUCGGAUGUCUGGGACUUCCUCAACCUCAACCUGAACCAGGUCUUUGAGUUCGGCAACCCAGGCUCAGAAGCCAUGGACCUGACCCACACCCUCGGAAAAGUGAGCAUCCGCGGCCGAUGGGACGCCGAGUCCUUCGUCAAAGAAGCGAAGUUCUGGAGCACGGACUUGCUGACAUCGCCGUCGGAGAUUGUGUUCAAUUCGGAGAAGGAAAGCUGGAUCUUGGAUGCCAAGUGGAUCACGGACCAGUCCAAGUCCCUCUCUCAACAAAUCAGCUUGUCCAAGAGCCCCAAACGAAGUGGAGCAGCCUUCAUUUACGAUGCAAAGAUAUACGACACUCGGCCGGGGACCGACCAAGAGAGAAAAGAAGCGAGGGUCUUCAAGGCGGUGGUCGUUCCUCGCAGCUUUGGAAACGUGCUGACGGGCAUAGUGAACGAGACUUUGCUAGCCAAACUGCUCCUGACAUCCGAAUCGUUCGCGGCAAACUGGCUUCACAGCGCGACACUGGUGCUCAACGACAGGAACCACCCACUUAACAGGAUGCUCCACCCACUGAUCGAUAUGCCGGUUGGAGAACUGACGAACACCGUGAUUGCGCAGCUUCUCCGAGGCGUGCACCAUACUGUGGCAACGGCAUCUGAAGUUGCUGGAACCUUCCACUCCCUCUACGAUCCCAUCGUUUUUACAAGCACCGCACUCGCACAAAAAGCUAUGGUUGCAUCAGGAUUUGCUCGUGCUGCCUUCCAUCAAUCGAUCCCAGGUUGGGCGUUCUACUACUUCAGAUUAGACUCUGCACUUCACGCCGUGGUGUCCGACAUUCCCGGAUUCUCGGCCAAGUUGGCCAAAAUCUACUACACCCGUCCCGUGGGCUUGCCAGGCAUGAGAGAGGUCUCGUUAGAACUGCCGCACCUGCCGCCUCGAAAACACCUUAUGGACUUCCUGGCGAAGCUCAUGACAGAGCACCCUACCAAAACUUGGACCCUUCCUCGUCUGCAACGGGGCCAGAAACUGGCGGCCAUCUUCGGCAAGGGCCACGUCAUGACCUUUGACGGAGCCUUCGUGGAGUUUCCGACGUAUCCUGCCUCGUACUGCACUUACCUGCUCUCCCACGAUGUGGCUGGACGUCAGUUCAGCGUGACAAGCACCGCCGAGGACCUGCUGAUUGACUUUCCCGAAGUGUCCAUCACGGUGACCGGUCUCAGUGGCAAGGUCCUUGUGAACGGGAGCGAUGCGCCGGUUCACCUGCCGCUUAUCACUUCGUCGGGGAAGGUGACUGUGUACCGAGAGGGCAGGCUCACAAGAAUCCAAGGUCACGGUCUCCACGUCUACUGCGACUCAGUCAAGUUUUUUUGCACCUUUGUCCUGGACCCCACGCACCAUGGAAACCUCAUUGGAGUGCUCGGCAACGCGGAUGGAGAUGUGCAAAAUGAUCUCGAGCUUCCCAACGGAAAAGCAGCAAAGGACACUGCCGAACUUGCCGCCGGCUUCGAGGUCAGUGGCUAUGCUGAAUGCAAAGCGCUCGUCGCACCGCUGAAGAACUUGCAAGCCAGCACGGAGGACUGCACGCAACAGAUGCCCCAGUCGCUCAAGCACUGCCUGGCGCAGAUGAAGAUCGACAAGUUUGUCCGGGACGUCUGCGAAUGGGACGUCACGGCUGAACGCAGCAUCUGCGACACCUUCAAUGCCGUGGCAGCAAUCUGCACCCACCACGGAUUCCAGAUAGAAAAUGUGCACUGUGACCCCUGCCAUGAUGGACCCGAAGCGGAAGGCCAUAAGACAUUCAGGACCAAGUCCUCGAAAGUUUUGGAAGUGGGUGUGGUAGUGGCCGAGGGCACCUUUACUACCGAGGCCCUGAGCUCCGUCCUGUCCGGCGCCAAGAGUCUCCUGGCCAAGGUACACGCCGUGUUCGGCAAGCUCGGCUACCGGACCAAGCAUGUGUUUGCGUUCGGCGGCAGCGACGAGCAUGGACGCCCUUACAUCCGCACUACGGGAGAGGGUUUCUUCAUGUCAGACGUGGACACUGCCAGCAAGUUGUUGAAAGCAGUCAAGUCGGACGGCAAGCACAGCACCGUAAACCUCGCCUCUCUUCUUGACUACGUUCUGGAUACCGUGCCUUUUGAUGCUCAAGCCACCAGGGUCAUCCUGGCAUUUGCCUCCAAUGAUUUCAAUAGCUCCCGAGCAGAACUGGAUGGCCUGCACGCCAAGGUGGAGGCAUCUGGCGCCACCCUCUACGCCUUCUCCAACUACCCGACGGUCGACCGCGGCAAGCGAAUCUACGGGGUCCGCGCGGACGGCCUCGUCUUCCCGCCGAGCAAGACUGGAAAAGACUACCUCGACUACCCGUCGCGCGCGGGAAUACUCGCCAAGAUUGCGGCAGCCACGCGGGGAUCGGCGUUCCAAAUCGCGUUUGUAGAGGCCGGAAAGCCGAGCGAGUUCUUCGAGGCCGUGGCGGAAGAGGUCGCCGCAAAAGUCGGCAAGGAGCUGAAGGGGUGCCGCGAGUGUACGUGCACAGGCGGUCGCGGCUGGGACACGCUGGCACGCUGCCGCCCCGUGGCUUGCUAAGGCGGGCGAUGACGCGGUGCAUACGGGUAGGCCCACCUGGCAGGGAUGCGAUGCUUGUGCUCUUCUUAAAUUUUCAUCCGCAGCAUUUGCUAAAUUGGACUGGUUCACACACUUGUAGUUACGUGCAAAGUGUGGGUUUUGAGUUUGAAGCGAAUUCAAACUAAAUUUUUCUAAUCAAGUAGUUUCUCCAAGCCUUUCAUCACCAUGCACCAUGCUUAAAAAAAAAAUUCAGCUCAACUUGCAAAGGUUGUUCCCAACCCAGCCUUCCACUUGUCCACUUCUAAGCUCAGUUAAUUUUAACCUACCGUUGCUAUACUUGAGGCGUGACAUGUAAUUGACAAAAUUGUAGCAGCCAUCCUAAUCGUGGGGAUUUAUAAAUUUCUUUGCAAUAUGCC